GUGAGCAAUAUUUUUUCUCCUUUCCGUCGAAAUUGCAGCCCAGAUCGGAGCGCAGGGAAAUGUGAGGAUUUUUCGGGAUUUUUUAUUAGGGGGGAAGUUACUUUUUUGCAAUGAGUGAUACGGUGUGUGCCGAGUGCAGCGAGCCAGCCCAGUUGAAGUGUUCGGCAUGUAAAUUGGUGGCUUACUGUGGAAAAGAUCACCAGAAAAAGCACUGGAAGGUUCACAAGACCCUAUGCAGACCUUUUGAGAUAGCAGAGGAUCCAGAGAUAGGAAAAUGUCUGGUAGCUACAAGAGACAUAAGACCUGGAGACAUAAUUUUGGCGGAACUUCCAGUAGUGUACGGUCCAAGACCUCACAUGGUAGAAGAAGGUCCAGUACCGUGUCCAGGUUGUUGUAGGCUAAUAAUCGGAGAACAAUCUGCGCGUUGUGAAGGCUGUGAUUUCCCAAUCUGCAACCCGGAAUGCCCAGGACUGAACGACAUGGAUAAACACGGGCAUGAGUGUAAGAUUUUAGGACUUAGAGAUGUCAGGGCAAUCAACGGCUUGCAUGAGUUCUACAGGCAAGACGCUCUACUCGCUUUGAGGUGUUUGCUUCUUCAGUCCAGGCAUCCCAAGAAGUUUGCCCAACUCAUGGAGAUGGAAUCUCAUAUGGGGUUCAGAGGGGAAGACACGGAAGUAUACAAGUGCACUCAUGGACGUUCUUGUGAAGACGUCGACAGCCGUGUAGUAAGCUACCUCAACGACAACUUCUUCGCCCCAUUGAACAUUUUAGAAGGCAAAUCCGGAAAGAAGGUGUUGCAAGACAUCUCCAGAGAAACCAUCCACAAAAUCUGCGGUAUCAUCGACGUCAACGCCCUGGAAAUAAAUCAGGACGCCGAAGUAUCAGCCCUGUAUCCCACAGCGUACCUAUUGGAGCACAGUUGUGUACCCAACAGCAUGCAUAUCUUCGAAAACGAGCCCAGCGGGUACAAGAUUACUGUAAAGGCAGCUGUACCUAUCCAAUCUGGCGAGCAUAUUACCACCAUGUACACCCAUUGCUUGUGGGGAACGCAAGCCAGAAGGGAACACUUGAAGGAGACUAAGUACUUUUCCUGUAAAUGUAAGAGAUGUUGUGACCCGACAGAACUUGGUUCGUACCUCAGUGCCUUGAGAUGCAUAGGCACCGAUGAAGAGCCCUGUGGCGGUACUCAACUCCCAAUAGAUCCUUUAGAUGACAAGACCGAAUGGGCCUGCGACAAGUGUGAUGUUAAGUUGACCAAUGCAGAAGUUUGUUUUCUUGUCAAUGGCAUAGGAGAAGAAGUAGACAAUGUUCAGUUGGCCAACCCAACAGUGAGAGAGUUAGAUUCCUUACUGAACAAGAUGUUAACUUUCCUUCAUCCAAACCACUACCAUGUGUACGCGGUGAAGCAUUCGUUGAUACAGUUGUAUGGGUACCAGCAAGGUUACCUUCCUAACCAGAUCACUGACGACUGUCUGGUGAAAAAAGCUGUUAUGUGUAGGGAGUUGCUGGACAUUACCAGGAAAGUUGACCCUGGAAAUGCUAGGUUACCAUUGUAUCUGGGAGUAAUUCUUCACGAGCUGUACCUAGCCAACUGGGUGCUCAUCAAGCGGAAGUGGGAUUUGGGAAUUAAGACUAAGGUAAAAUCUGUGGUAACAAUGCUGCAGGAGUGCCAACGCAGUUUGGGGCAAGCCAAAGAAACGCUUAAGAACGAGGUCAACACACCAGCCGGGGAAAAACUGCUUAAUUUGGUGGCGACAUCUGCAAAAGAGUUCGGAAAGUUUGUGGAAAGGAAUAAGAUCGAUCUUAGUGCAAAAGAGAAGGUUAAGGAAAACGGGGUAGAAAAUGGGGAUGUGAAUGGAAAUGGAAACUAAUCGAAAUGAAAGAUCUUAGCUUUAUGCCAAUUUGGGACAUUUUUUAUUACAUUUUGGAAGUUCUGGUAUUUACGAGAAUGAGACUAUUCGAAGAAAAACAAUUAAGUAAAAAGUUUCCUAGUCUGUAUAAAACAAUUUAUUUAUAUUUAUUGAUAUAUUUAACUAUAAAAUAAGUUAAUAACUUGUUAAAAACUGCAAUAAAA